CGGCGACACCACAGGAGGCUGCGCAAGAUGAGGACGGUGGUGCUGAGCCUGGGGCUGGCACUGCUCUGCUUGCUGCGUGCAGAGGCUGGGGCUACGGGGCCGGACAGGAGCAAGAUUGCAGGGAAAUGGUACGUCGUUGCUCUGGCCUCCAACUCCGAGUUCUACCUCCGUGAGAAGGAUAGGCUGAAGAUGGUGAUGGCCAGCCUCUCUGUCCUGGGGGACGACAAGCUGAAGGUCUCAUUUGCAGCUCUCACACCGGAGGGGUGUAGGAGACGGGAGACAAUCUUCAAGAAGACCAGUGACAAGGGUGAAGUCUACCUCUCAGAGGGAGGCGAUAAAAUGGUACAGGUGCUGGACACUGACUACAAGAGCUACGCAGUAAUCUUUGCAACCAGGGUGAAGGACGGGAAGACCUUGCACAUGCUGAGGCUCUACAGCAGAAGACAGGAGGUGAGCCCCGCGGUCAUGGCACUGUUCAGAAGGUUUGCCAAGGAGCAGAGCUUCACCGACGAGAUGAUCAAGAUGCUGCCCAGCCAGGAUGAAUGCAGAGUCGAUGAACCAUAGGAGGCACAGGAUGACUGGAUAACGCUGCUGCUCCCCAGGCGAGGCAAGACCCAUGUGCCAAAGCUCCAGGCUGCUGCUCUGCUAUCUCUCUUCAGGGCUCUGAUGCAUCUCCUGCUUCUCCAGUACACGGUCCCUCCAUUUCUCCCAAAUAAAGAGAACCCCCCCCAAGAGCUUGUUGUAGGCAUCUGGGGAGAAUCUGGAGUGUC